AUGGAGACAAACCGCAGUUGGAUGUACGGGAGCCACACAAAUGGGCUGUUAACCACAGGGUACAAGGAGCAUGUGAAGGAGUUUGUCCGGUUUGCAUUAUGGCAUCCGGCUGGUAUGAGUGGAGUACAGAUAAAAUGCCCCUGCCCUAAGAGAGGUUGUCGAAAUACAAACUAUCGGGAUGUCGAUGAGGUGGAAUUCCAUUUAUUGAAGAAUGGGUUUGUGAAAGGUUAUCAAUUACCAGAACAGGAUUUUGAGUUCGACUAUGAAAAUGAGGGGCCAGGUGAGUUCAGUUCCGCUCAAAGAAUGAUUCUUGAUGCGGCCGGUCCAGAAAUAAUGUUUCCUGAAGAUGAGCUCCCAAAUGAUGAAGCUCAGAAAUUUUAUGAUAUGAUGCGUGCGGCUGAAGAAGACAUAUGGCCUGGGAAUAACAGACAUUCUCCAUUUUCUGCAUCUGCUAAAGUGAUGGAGAUCAAGUGUCGACAUAAGGGUUCAGUAGCUUUAGUAGACGACGUCUGCGGAUUGAUACAAAAGCUGCUCCCGGAGGACAACAAGAUGCCAGCGAAUUUUGCUAAAAUUAAGAAGCUAGUCAAAGGUUUGGGGUUGCCGGUUGAGGUUAUUGACUGUUGUUUCUAUAACUGUAUGAUUUCUUGGGGGGAGGACGCGGGUAUAACGCACUACAAAGUUUGUAAUUAUGCGCGGUGGAAACCUGUGACCCACGGAAAAUCCGCAAAAAGAAAGGCUAACGUGCCAUAUAGUAAAAUGUUCUAUUUUCCAAUAACUCCAAGGCUACAGAGGUUGUAUGCUUCGAAAGCCACUGCCCGACAUAUGACGUGGCACGCAGACCACGAGAUGGAUGGUGAUAAGAUGUGCCACCCGUCCGACUCUCCGGCUUGGAAACGUUUCAGUGAGCUGCAUUCUGAGUUUGCCGAUGAAGUGAGAAAUAUAAAAUUAGGCUUAUGCUCCGAUGGGUUUCAGCCGUUUACCAAUUUUGGGCAGCAGUAUUCCUCGUGGCCGAUCAUUUUGACGACGUACAAUCUCCCCCCAGGCAUGUGCAUGAAGGAUGAGUUUAUGUUUUUAACGGUUUUGGUACCGGGGCCUAGAAACCCGAAACACCUUAUGAAUAUCUUCCUACAGCCGCUGAUUGCAGAGUUAAACCAACUGUGGGAAUCUGGAGUCCAGACAUAUGACGUUCAUAAGCGUCAGAAUUUUCUACUAAAAGCGGCUCUUAUGUGGACAAUAAACGACUUUCCCGCUUAUUCUAUGUUAUCUGGUUGGAGCACUGCUAGUAGAAAAGCAUGCCCGUACUGCAUGGAAAACACGGAUGCAUUCACACUGGAUAAAAACGGGAAACGAGAGAUCGGCAAAAGUUUUGCAGGGGUGAGAACUGGAGAUGAACUGUUAGCAGAGAUUGAUCGACUGGGGUUUAAGAAGGAAUUUGAGCCUUGUGCGAAAGUUACUAAUGCAUUACUGUCAAAAGAUCAUGGGUGGAAUAAAAAAAGUAUAUUUUGGGAUUUUCCUUAUUGGAGAACGAAUGUAAUACGUCACAAUCUCGAUGUCAUGCACAUUGAGAAAAAUGUCUUCGAUAACAUUUUUAAUACCGUUCUCAAUGUCCCCGGGAAAACAAAAGACCAUGCCAAAUCUUGUGAAGAGUUGAACGACAUCUGUGAUCGGCCAGGGUUAGCUAAAGAUCCGGCAGCUGGGAGAUUUCCAAAGGCAAUGUAUGCUUUGGAUAGGGAUUCAAAACGAGUUUUGCUUGAGUGGAUUCAGAAAAUAAAGUUUCCAGACGGGUACGCGUCAAACUUGUCUAGAUGUGUUGAUCUAAAGGCGCUGAAAAUGCAUGGAAUGAAAAGUCAUGACUGCCAUGUUUUUAUGCAACGACUUAUGCCAAUCGCCCUUCGGGAGCUACUUCCGAAAAACAUGUGGGAGCCUCUAACAGAGUUAAGUAUCUUCUUCAGGGAGUUAACUUCCACGUUACUGUCACAGGAAGAUCUAAACCGUAUGGAAACUGAGAUCCCAAAAAUCCUGUGUAAGUUGGAACAUAUAUUUCCACCCAUCUUUUUUGACUCUAUGGAGCAUCUCCCCGUGCAUCUUUCGUAUGAAGCUAUGAUGGCAGGACCGGUCACUAAUAAAGGCAGGGUGGAAGGGAGCAUUAGUAGUGGAUAUCUGCAAGAAGAAAUCGCUAAAUGUGCAUCCUAUUAUUUUGCUGAAGGUGAUCCGAUGUUACCCGUGCGUUUUGGAAGAAAUGAAACUUGUGAUAUGGAUAUCGAUGACGAUGCCGACAGACUGGGAAUUUUUAAACCUAAGGGAAAGCCGUUGCGUGGUAGCGGUAGGAGAUAUCUUGAAGACGAUGAGAUCAUCGCUGCUCGGACCUAUGUUCUUCUGAAUUGUUUCGAAAUCAAAGAUCAUCGAAAGGAAUAUGGGCAGGAUCAACUUACAAUGAAUAGCGGUGUCUGCAUAAGGGGAACAAAAUACGUUGAGGAGUAUCAAGCUCUACCAAUGAAGCAGACCGUCAUUUUUAAAUGCGAAUGGUUCGACCCUACGGAUACAGGCACAAACACUACCAAUCGAUACAACUUGGUAGCUGUUAAUCACAGACGCAAGUACAAUAAAUACGAACCGUUCAUCUUGGCAGAACAGGCUGACCAAGUUCAUUACCUUCCAUAUCAAAGUAGAAGACGGGACAAAGUAAAUUGGUGGACAGUUUGCAAAAUUAAGGCACGAUCAGAAUUUGGCAUGCCCGAUGCGAUUAUCCCGGCCUUUCAAGAGGACAUUGAAGAAAAUCCCCUUAUAGUUGAAACGGACGAUAAUCCCACAAAUUUAGCUGACCUGAAUGAGGUGUCCGACAAAGAUGCGUUGCAAAUCCCUCCUGCUGAAGAUGAAGAAGAAGAAUUUCCGCCAUCCUCAUCAGACAAAGAUGAAGAACAACUUGACUGA